AUGCCUCAGAAUUCCAAUCAACCUUAUGAGGGUUGUCGGCUAGACGAACAAUUUCAUCAGAUGGAGGCAGAAAAAAGAUACCACACGCGCUACAGAACUUCAAAAAGAGUUGGAAACAAAUAUUCAUUGACACUGAAGAGUGUCGAGGAAACAGCGCUGUUGGGAAUCUGUUCAGAUUUUGUUGCCCCCUUGCUGGGUCCAAAAAGGUUACUAGAUCGACCUUUCUUCUCUGCCACAUGCAGAAACUCCGGAUUUACACUAUUUGUAAUGAUAACGCAGUCCUUAUCAAAGACAGAGUCUGGAGAACCGGCACGGUCUAUGCCCAUCAGCGAGUCACAACACCUCAUUCUUUUCCCAUUACUAGCAAGGAAGAGAAAAUCAAAGCCGACAAGAAGCACAACCAUAAAUCAAAACAUUGCCAAUAUGCAAGAAAGAGGCAGGAAGCGUCGAGUCAUUGUCUCAAGUCUUUGCACUGCACCCGGAUGGGAUGCCGGGCAGGCUCUCCAGUGCUUCCUUACAGCUCAAGCAACUGCCAAAGCGUUGUUCAAAUCAGAUGGAUCAAUAUUCUGGAUCUCAAGGGCUCUAGCUUUGAUGAAAGUGACCAAGCAAGGGGGUAUCACAUCGGACAAAACACUGGACAACAAGCUGCAGUUGGAUCGACUUCUUCCAAUGCGUACAGUUUUGAAAUGUAAGAGUAUUCGUUUUUGUCUUGGGACUAUAAUACAAGCACUUUCUAUUGCUGUUGUUGAUGCUGUUGUGAUCUGGAGGCCCAUAACACACGGAUGGGGUUAA